AUGGUGACUAUACAAGGCCCUGACGGGGCGAUUUUGUGGAUGUCCGAGAAAGGAAUGGAACAACGCGUACUUUUUAAAGCACGAAAGGCCGGAGCUCAUAGAUUCUGCUUGUCAAAUGAAAUGAGCACCGUAUCGGAUAAGGUUGUGGCGUUCUCUGUAAUAGUGGGAGAUACGGAUGAGUUGAAGGAAGGGGAGGCGGGGCCAAAAAGGCCGCGGGAUAUGCUCCAAAGGACGGUUCACCGGAUUGAUCAGGGCCUGAACGAGAUUGAGGAACUGCAGAGCUUCCUCCGCACGCGCGAGCGCGAACAUCGGGCGACGAUUGAAGUCGCAAAUACGCGCGUGGUCAUAUGGUCGGUUCUGGAGAUUAUCUUUAUUGUGGGAAUGGCGAUGACCAGUAUGCACUACUUCCGUAAGCUGUUUAGCCUCAAACGUGUGAUUUAAUUGUAAGAGAA